AUGUGGUUGGUAAAUAAUGGAAACCUUCCAUCACAAGUAAACAACAAGCAACAAACAAAAAAUUAUUGGGAUGUACCAGAAUAUGUUGAAAAAAAGAUUCCAUGCUCAUCUCCAGUACAAAUUACACAAGUAAAAACACCUCGAACUGUUAAAAAAACAAAAUUAUCUGUUAAUGUUACAAAUACAAAAUGUGAUCAAGAAGAUGAAGUUAAAUCUUCUCAAUCUAUUGAAGUACAAAAUCAACCUAAAACUUAUUCAUAUUAUCCACCUCAACCAUACAAAUUCAAACCAAAUCUCAUAAAUCAACGUCAUCAAACAAUGCCAAAAUUCAAUCGUGAAAAAAAUGUUCAACCAAAACAUUCGUCUGUCCGAGGUAAUAGUAAAGCAUGUACACAUCAAAUAUGA